UGGAGAAGUUCAGUACUAAAAAGCAUGAUUAUGUAACUAAACUGAUUUCGUUUACAUAUGAGAAUACUCAGAAUGUAUGUUCGAUUUUCUUAGUGAUUUGAUGGUAGAUCUCAAAUACAUUGUUGGCUACUGAAGGAUUUAAACUGUACAUAGAAAUAAAAUGAUUGUAACAUGGAAUGGUGGAGUAGAAUUACUAUUAUUAUUAUUGUUCCAAGUUUUUAGUUGUGUUUUAUUGACUGUGUUACAUGGAGAAUGAAAACUGUAAUAGUAAAGACGAGGUAUCUUGUGAUGUUUACACAAAUGAAAGUUGGUUUCAGCUCAUUCAAUUCAUUGUAUUGUAAAAAUCCUGAUCACUGAAUUAUCUAUCAGGACGUUUUCAAGGAAAAAUUGGCCUGGUCGUCGAGGCAGUCAAAACGGCAGUCGAUAGUGUUUAUCACCUGUUCGUUCAAGUCACUUGUAAGAAAAAUAUCGAAACGAUAGCUGACUUACUGAUAAAUAUAUUUAAAGAUCCCAAGUGCGCCAAAUGAAGCCUUCUGAGCAACGACUCAACUGACCCCCGUGCUCUAUCAAAAACUCAGUAAAUGUAACCUGACCUGAACCGAAGUCAAGAUGUGAAAGAAAAGACUGUGACCGGUAAGACGUCACAAGUUACUCGGCUCAGAAGACGUGUGUCACGCUGAACUUAAACGUUUACGUGAUCGGUAUUUUGUUUACAAUCGUUUUUAAGGGUAGUAAUUUUUUAUGUGAUAGGGUGAAAUGAGAAAAAUCCAGUCUGUGCGGAAAUUGACCAGUAUGAUAUUGAUUAUGUAUUUGAACAGUUAAAUUCACGACGAGGUUAUGUGAGCUAGAUCAAAGGUGCUGGGUUGCAUUUCGUAAUUCGGGAUGAAGGAUGCGCGCUGCUGAGUAGGAGUUGCAUACUAGGACGAAACGACCGUCUAGUGCUUCAGUGGUGGUUUUCUAUAGUGAUGAUCUAGCUUAGAUUGUCUUCUGAAUUCAACUGUUAAAAUACUACAAUCUCUACAGGUCCUCUUACUGAUGAUAAUGAUAAAUCGAUAUUAAUUAUAUACUUCUGCAAGUAUGAUUGUCAACUUGACUGACUGUAUAUAAACUAUGGAAAACGUUGUGUAUGCAUGCAUAUAAGAUUUUGAUUUAUGUUGAGGGUGAAGUAAAUCCUUAUCGCCCACCAGCCGUCGUGUUUGCGGUUUUCGGUACCAAGUAUAAGUCAAUUAAGCAUAGCCAUAGACAUAACAGUGACAGAUGUAAUAAUUUCCAUCUUGAAUUCUUUUAAUUACUAACUAAUCAAUUUUAUCAUGCUGUAAUGUAAUGAAUAUUGUAACUUUGGAAAAUUUCUCAGGAAAUUUUCACUGUCGGUGGUGUUGGUUGCAGUAAUGUGCGUUAUAGUGUUAGUCAUUAGUUUUAGCCCAUAGUAUAUCUUAUUCUAGUUUCCGGACAUUCCAUUCUAAUUGUUCUACUUGAGUCAUGUUUUGACCUUGUUAAUUAUUCGCUUAUCAGUAGUCUUGACUGUUUUUAUAUGAGCGUAUAUUUGGGUACACUUCAUGUCCCAUGACUCAUCACAUGUCUGUAGUUUAUUUUGUCUGCCUAUAAAUAUUGGGUAAUGUCCGGCUUGAAAUUGAGUUGGCUUCCCAGCCAUCUUCCAUACGUGUUAUUUUUGCUUUGCUAUGUUUCAUUCGCUUCAUGUACGAAAUGUAUGUAUUCUCAGGUCAAUCCUCGUUAUUCGACUUAUUUAAUUCCGUUAUUGGAUAACGCGAUUUAAGUCGACGAUUACGUACGAGAAUAGGCGAUAACAAACAUCCAUACAAUCAUUCGUACGCUCUAAAUGGAGUCAGAUCAACGGGUCACAAAAGCGUCUACACGAAAUGAUGAACUUGAUGUCAGAAGAGUAAUGUGCAAAAUGAUUGGCAAUCGAUGGGCAUUUUUUGCAUUGAUUGAUAUUGGUGUUACGAUGGCACAUAGUGGUGGAUGCCUAGUGUUUGAUGCCGAUUUAACUUGAUCCCUGAAAGACUCUGUCGUCGUCUCUCAACGCUAUUGUACGGAUGUUGUUGAUGCAGAUUGACGUGAUGAUUGAUAACAUAGAUGGGUAUCCGAGGGUUGUGGACGUAUAUAGAAAGCAGCGGUGGAAACUUAUCCACGUAUGAAUUGCAUAAGCAGCCUUUAGUUAUUGAUGCUGAGAACUUUGCUACCGCCUGUUAUCGUGAAGCUGCUUUGCAAUGUGAAUUUGGUGGAGAGUAUUUGGCAUUUAAGAGUUAUGUGCAGUCAUUGUUAAAAGAGUUUAGUAUCUGUGGUGUGGAGCCAAUUUUCGUUUUCGGUGGAUGUCAUCCGAAAGAGGGAACAAAAUUGGAUACUUUGAUGAAGCGGAACAAAGAGUACUUUAAACAACUCUCAUCAGCUCUUCUGAUUGCCAAGUCAACUUGCAGCACACAGUUGAACAUUGAUAUAGCUCCACGACUUAACAGAAAUGUCCUGGUUGAAAUUCUGCGUGAAUCUUCAAUUCGAUACAUAGCAUGUGAACGUGAAGCUGAUAUCAGUACAGCAGAACUUGCUGUUCAUCUUCAAUGUCCUGUUACCAGUAAUGAUUCUGAUUUUUUUAUUUAUCGACCAAAUGAUAAUAAUCAAGUGUAUAAUUUUAUUCCAUUUUCAACUAUUUCACGUUAUUCUAAGAAGAGAACCGUCCCUUGUUCUAUUUGUAAACGGAGUGGUGCUUCAUGUUAUUUCAUGUCGUGUUCAAUUCUUAAUAAUUCAGGACCGUUUUCUAAACUCAAGUAUCCUAUGUUACCACUUUUUGCCAUUCUCGUUGGUAAUGACAUGAUAUCAAAUAUUCGCCUUCCAACUAUCAUCGACUCACUAAUCCAUACUUCUAAACUACAGAGGAAGUCCUACUAUCAACGACGUAUCGAUGCUAUUUUUAACUGGCUGUUAAGUUUCCGUGACAUAGAAGAACCAUUGUCAUUGGUAUUGUCACUUUACGGGGAAAACGAAAGGGAUGGUAUUGGAAAGACAAUUCGUUUGAGGAUUUCGGAUUAUGUUCUAAACAGUUCAGGAGAAAACCUGGCUCGUGAAUUAGGCUUUUCAACUGAACACAAUAUCUCAUCAAGUGUUUCGUUGUCAAGCAAGAUGGGAAAUUUGAGCAUUCAGGAUCCCACAACUUAUCGGGGUUCUUACUGUGAAGAUGCUUCCAAAUUUUGUAAACCUAUAUUGGAGAGAAAUGAUGAUGAUGAUGAAGACAGUAUAUUUCACCGUUGGCCGAAAGAAUUGAUUAGGCGAUUUAGAUUUCUGGACUUAAUUCCAUCCAUGUUUGACCACAUGUAUGUACGAAAUGGCGCUUUUUCUCGUUUACUAAUGGAGGACAUAAAGAUUCCUAGUUCGCUUGAUGAAUGUAUGUCGAAGAUGAGAAGUGCUAUAAAUGGACUUAUAUAUGGACUUGAAAACCACUUGGGCACCAAUGGAAAGUUAUGUGGAAUGGAGAAUGAGUGUGUCAUUGAGUAUAGAAGAAACCUGAAUGGUGAUUUUACGAAGACUUUAAUGUCGAUGAAGCCUCUGAAACCCCCUAAUGCUGAAACACCUGAAUUGUCGUUCUUAUCUUUUUUCUCGAAAUUGUUCAAUGUGAAUUUGGAGAAAGAUUUUAAGCCUCUUGAAGUACAAGGUUUGGCUAUUUUAUUAGUUCUAUGGUUCAGAUGUUCAUCUCAUGCCCAAAACGAAGCUAAAAACAUUAAGACAUCGCCUGUUGCACUUGCGUUGUCAUGUUGUACAAUCGCAAUGAAUUCAAAUCGUGAAUUUCUCGGUAGAAAUCGUGAUGGUGAUGGAGGUUUUGCUAACUCCAUUCGCACACAUCUCGAUAAGUGUGCUGAUGUGGCCAAAUCAAAUUGUUGUCAAGAAGUAAAUAAACGUUCCUUUUGUAUUGAGCAAGUUCACCAACUUAAUGAAUUGCAAAGUAUGGCCACUGGUUUAAAGCAUUUAGUUGCAAUGAUUGAGGUGCUUUGUCCGUUUUAUAUGUCAAAUAGUAAUAAAUUUGAUAGUUGUUCACAUUUCCGAAAUCCUUUCAUAAGCUUUUAUCCAUUUUGGAUGUUAUUUGCCAGUGGACGUCUUUUAUAUUGGAUUAGUCGACUUCUACAAAAUAUUGAUCCAUCUGAACGUUUCCAUAAAGUCCUGAAUGAGUGGCUUCCAAAAUUGCUUAUAAGGACCAAUUAUGGACGUGAACAAGAAGAUUGCGCCUCAAAAGAUCUUACCAAACUUUUCAACCUAAUUGAUAAGUUGAACUCUUGAGAUAUACUUACUCAUGGUUCGGUUUCUAUUAUUAUCAACGCUAGUAUACGUUUUAUUAUUUCUGAUAGACUGUCAUUUUUAAUUUAUAUAAACAUACACAGGCAACACUUGGAUGGUUUGUUGUCGAAACUUUUAACUCUCAUGUCAUACUUGCACAUCGAUUUUCCUAAUAACUAGAAUCAUUCAAAUAUUUUAAAUAUACAUUUCAUCAAUUCAUGCUACGCCUUUAUUUUUGUAAAAGUAGUAAAGAUGUGAAGAACGAAAAAAGUCAGUUCCCAG